AUGGCCCAAACAAAUGAAAAUGUAGUUUCCACGGAGAAGGAGCUGUUUGUGAGGCAAGUCACAAGAAGAGGAGGUGGGCAAGUAAGCAGAGGAGAAAUUGAGCAAACUUCAAAGGCGAGUAUUACAAUCCAUGAGGAGGCAAUAAAAACUAGUCCUAAGGAGGAGAGACUCGAAAAACUCAGGAAAGCAGCAGCAGAAGCGGCAGCAGCAGCAGCAGGAAAUUCAACAACUCAGGGUGCCAAACCAAAGAUCCAAAGGGUUCCCUUCAUGCUCCGGGAUAACAAAAAAUACGACAAAUACUACGAGCCAAGGGUAGCUGCCAUCGGUCCUUUCCACCAUGGUAUUAAACCAAAGUACGAGCAGGCAGAGAAAAUCAAGCUUCAGUUAGCUGGGAACUUUGUGCUUGACAGUAAGCAGAAUGAUGCAGAUUUGCUCAAGAAGGUUGAAGAGAAAAUCAAGGAUCUAAGGGAGUGCUAUGAUGAGGAAGCAACAAAGGACUUUGACGAUGAUUCCCUCGCCUGGAUGCUGUUCGUUGAUGGGUGUUCGACGCUGGAAUUCAUAUACAAAUAUGAUGACUUAGAAUGUUUUGGGAUCAAGAGAGACCAGGUGGCCUUUGCAGAACAGGACAUGUUCUUGCUCGAGAACCAACUUCCUUAUCAACUCCUCAAGCUCUUGAUGAGCUCGAGCAGCAUACACGAGGACUUGAAGGACUCAAUCGAAAAGUUUGUUCAGAUGCACGGUGGUGAUCAGAAGCAAGAGCCUCAACCCAUGGAACCAGAGCCAACUCAUCUUCUUGAGCAUCUUCUGACAAGAAUGCUAGGAUAUCCACCUAAGAAAAGUGAGACAAGUGCAAGUGCCCAACCGGGAGCAGGCGUAGCACAAAACACACAACGGCAUGAUGAACCAGAGAAAACUCAUCUUCUUGGGCGUCUUCUGACAAGAAUGCUACGAUAUCUACCUAAGAAAAGUGAGACAAGUGCAAGUGCCCAACCGGGAGCAGGCGGAGCAAAAAACACGCAACAACACGUAGUAGUAAGCAUGGAACCAGAGCAAACUCAUCAACCUAAGAAAAAAAGUGAGACAAGUGCAAGUGCCCAACCAGAGCAAACUCAUCCUCCUAAGAAAAAUGGUAAGUCAAGUGCCCAAUCUUUUCGCAAUGUACAAGAGCUUCACUCAGCCGGGAUCUAUUUUUGGCAGCAAAAGGGGCCAACUGCAUUGAGAGACAUAAAGUUUAAGAGCAUUCUAUGCUGUGGGUUCCUUUAUCUUCCCAAAAUAAAAGUAGACGACUCGAUGGGGCCUAAGUUCAUGAACUUGAUAGCCUACGAAAUGUGUCCUGAUUUCCAGAACGAUUUCGGGGUCACCUCUUACAUAGGCUUCCUUGAUUCGCUCAUUGAUCAUCCGGAUGAUGUGAAGCAUCUGAGGAAAAAGCACAUACUUCGAAACUUUCUUGGGAGUGAUGAUGAGGUGGCUCAACUGUUCAAUGAGAUAGGCACUGACUUGGUGCCUAACAAUGCAAUUUACUCCGAUGUUAAAAGCAAGAUAGAAGAUCACUACAAAACCAAUUGGAAGAAAUGGAUGGCUCAAUUCUUUCAUGAACAUUUCAGCAGCCCCUGGACUAUCCUGGCUUUCAUUGGUGUUCUCUUAGGGCUUGGGAUGACCGCUGCUCAGACGUGGUACGCCGCCAAUUCUGGUACCGCUCCAUGUGAGGCCUUACUUGAGUACCUGAAAGACCGCGGGUACUAA